AUGGCUGUAGCUAAUAUGACGCCUGCUUUCAAUCUCACUGACCUCGACCACCAACUCCUGGCCAUGACCGAUGAGGAGUUUGUAUACCACGACUGGGAAGACCUCAAGGACAUCAUCGCCCGGAAUGAUCUCGGCGCCUUCAGGCGGAAGCCUUCCGAUCUGCGCCGAUAUUUAGCGUGGAGCGCAGACACCAAAGCCCAAUAUGGGUCGAUCAUGAACUACAUUUGCCAACGGCGACUGCAGUGGCAAAUGCCGCUAGAUAGUGCCGGCUCUGCGGCUAUUCAACGUCCUGUGGCUGCGUUCAAGAACCCGCGUCCCUUUGCCGAUCCCGAGGACUACAAGAUUCUCCGCAAUGACUGGCCGUAUGGGUUGACGCCCGGCAUUUCGCAUCUGGUUGUUUGGUUGCGUACACCGAUUGCGGUCAAAUCUGAGGAGGGCCAUUUGACGGAUGAAUCAAGGUUGUUGAUCGACACGUUUGUUCAACAGACUUUCGUGGAUCGAUUGGCUAAGGAUCCGAGAAUUACCUCGGAUGCUGCUUCACAUGUCUUGUGGUUUAAGAACUGGGUUGGCCUGCAGAGUGUGAGGGCUUUGGAACAUGUUCACAUUCUUGUUCGUGAUGUGCCCGAGGAUAUCUUGUUCGAAUGGUCGGGCGAGGCUUGA